ACUCAGAGAUCAACGUAUAUUUUUGAAAUUAAUGGAAUAAAAAGCAAAUAAAAUAAAACAUGUAAGGCUCAGUUAAAAUUAAUUCGUCGUUUUCGAGAUAAUAGGGCUGAAAAGAAUGAUCCUGAAAGUCCUUAAAAGUCAAAGGGUGGCUCAUGCUAAAAACGCGUAUUAACGGUGAUAUUCUCAGGACACAAAAUAUGUCUUGCUAAGAUGCAUAAACGGUUUAAACUUUUUUCCACACCCCCAAGAACUUUAAAGCUUUUGAAAGCGGCCUGGAAAAGCCGGAAAAUCGAAGCAUCAUCCCCAACGCGGCCACACUUUGCACAAGCCGAGGGAAAAACAUCGAAGGAGAAAUCAAGGAUACGCAUUACAGCUCCCUGUAUCCGGCGGCAGAAUUAGCAUCCCAGCAUCCACCAUAGGUCUCGCGGAGACAGCCGUCCUGGACAUCAUGGCUGCGAAUCUACAACAGCAGCGCGCCAUCAACCUGCAGCUGCGCCGGGAGGUGGAGAUGGAGCGGAUGCCCGUCUCGGAGGCCUGCUCCCUGAUGAUGAAGUACAUGCAGGAGCAUGAGGAGGAGGACUGCCUGCUCACCGGCUUCACCCAGAAGGUGAAUCCGUUCCGGGAGAAGAGCUCCUGCAGCAUCCUGUAGGCCCGGCCACAGUCCGGCUCCGUUCCUAACAGUAUUAUCCUAUAAAGUAUACUCAAUUACGGCGGAGAUCACAAUUCCGAUUCCGUAUAUUUCGUGUAACCUAUUUGCUGUAUUCGAUGUAAGUGUGCUGACCUCAAAUUAUGUCUGUAAACUGAAUAUAUACAAUGGAAUCGGGCGAACCGAGAAUAUUUAUGAACGUGUAAACAAAUAUUGAACUAUAACGCCUGCAUAUGUGUAUACAUAAAUAUCGUGUAUUUUGCUAGUCCUGUAGCUCUUUAUUGGAGAAUUUAGCAAACACCCUCUCUAUAUAGAUGUUUCCUAUUGAGGUAUUCCAGAAAUAAAGCUAUGUAGCCAGAGAUUUUCAUGUGAA